UUCAAAAACAUGGUGUCCGGCAACAUAUUUGACUGGCUUGAACUACCGACUUUGAAAUAUCAUUGGCAUGUGGUACUUGCAACGUUGGUAGCAUGUAAUGUAUUAUUCGAGUUGUCUCGAGUGAUUUCCCCGCAAAUGUUCCCAAAGACUUUCAAGACAUUCCGAGGAUUCAAUGAAACCAACUGGAAUAUCCAUGUUGUAUCCACUGCCCAUUGUAUAACUGUGGUCAUCGGAGCAUUUUUAAUAUUGAACGACUCUGAGCUUGCGAAUGACCGCAUCUUUGGUUACAGUCCAAAAGCAGCCAACUUUUACUCGAUAUCAUGCGGAUACUUUCUAUGGGACAUGGUAACUGCCGUUCGAUACAUUAAGCAUCAAGGAAUUGGAAUGGCUUUCCAUGGCGUAGCGGCAUUUGCUGUUUUCAUAUUAUCAUUCCGGCCAUUUCUUAACUAUUAUGGAGCUGUCUUUAUCUUGUACGAACUUAGCACACCCUUCCUCAACUUCAAUUGGUUUAUGGACAAGCUUGGCUGGACCGGCAGUAAGAUCCAGUUGUUGAAUGGCCUUGUGUUGAUAUCCACCUUCUUUGGUGCUCGUAUAGCGUAUGGCUUUUUUAUGUCUUAUCAGACAUGGGUCGAUGUUUAUGCUGUUCGUGAUCAAGUGCCUAUAAGCUAUAUGUUCAUAUAUGGCAUUGCCAACAUCGUAUUGAACUCCCUCAAUGUUUACUGGUUUGGUUUGAUGAUUCGAAUGCUCAUCAGACGCUUUUCCACCAAGAAGCCAGCGCCUAGACUGCAGUAGCUCAACUAUUCAUGAACAGCCAGGUUCAGCAAAAUACCAUACAUUCUAUUUGUUACUACCCUUCCUUGUCUUCGAGACACUACUCAACAUAUAUACAAACAGAGCAAGAUGUUCUCCUAAUUUGUUCGAUCGACCGACAUAUCCCUCCAAUAAAUUUGACACUAGUAAAUCAUCCA